AGGGAAAACAAAGGUAUAAUUCAUUCAUUCGUCAAUGGCGAAGAAAGCAGUUUUGAUAGGAAUCAACUACCCAGGAACCGCGGUGGAGUUACGUGGCUGUGUCAACGACGUCCGCCGGAUGCAGAAAUGCCUAAUCGAACUUUACGGAUUCGCCAACAAGGACAUCAUCAUACUGAUAGACACAGACAAAUCAUGUAUCCAACCUACAGGCAAGAACAUCCGCGACGAAUUGACUAGACUCAUCGCGUCAGGGCAAUCUGGCGAUUUUCUGGUCUUUCAUUACAGUGGACAUGGCACGAGAAUCCCGCCUGGGAUAGGAGAAUUAGGCGACUCUACAGGGUUUGACGAGUGUAUCACUCCUUGUGAUAUGAAUCUAAUUAAGGACCAUGAUUUUAGAGAAAUGGUGUCACAUGUAAAAGAAGGUUGUCAAUUGACGAUAAUCUCGGACUCUUGUCAUAGUGGUGGUCUCAUCGAGGAAGUAAAGGAGCAGAUUGGGGAAAGCCAUGUGAAGCCGAUCAAUGAAGUAAAGGAGCAGAUCGAGGAAAGCCAUGUGAAGCCGCCAAAACUUGGGAUUGCUAGUUACUUGCUUAGCAUUGUUACGAAUUUGUUAGCGACCUGUGGAAUCUCAAAAUCUCAUAGAGACCGUGGAGGUGGCCAAGAAAGCUUUAGCGGAGAGAUAGAAUUAGAGAGCCACGAAACAUUUGAUAUGAAAACUAGAUAUCUACCUUUCGAUAGCUACGUAAGUCUUCUCAAGCAACAAACCGGGCAAACCAAUAUCCAAUCUGGGAAAAUCAGACAGACACUUCUCAAAUUAUUCGGUGAAGACUCAAGACCGAUUCAUCAGAGAGGUUUAAGAGACCUAGGAAACUGCGAGGUUAAUGCAGGUGAUUCUGGAUCCUCAAGGUUGAAUGCCGUGGCCGACAAUGGGAUUUUAUUAAGUGGAUGUCAAACAGAUCAGAGAUCAGAGGAUGUUUAUGUGACAAGAACUGGAAAAGCUUACGGAGCAUUCAGUGAUGCGAUUCAGACGAUAUUGUCCUCGGCGAGAGAUGAGAAGAAGAAGAUUACGAACAAAGAAUUGGUUAUGAAAGCUAGAGUGUUUCUCAAGCAACGGAGGUUUAGUCAACGACCAGGCUUGUAUUGUCAUGACCGUUAUGUUAAUAAACCAUUUAUAUGCUAAAACACAAGAAGUUCAUCUGAAUUUUUUUGUUAAUGGUGCAUUUUUUUAAGUUAUUUCUUUUUGUGAUUUAAUAUUUUCAUGUAAAUGUUUGUUUUGGGGGUAGGUUUGACUAAGUCUCUCAGUGACUUGUGAUUCAAGUAAUAUAUACAGUUUUUUUUU